AUGAAGCCCAAGCACAACAAGGGGACAGUGAAAGACGCUGAUAAAGGUGCACUGAUCCAGGGAUCAACAACAUGUGCUUCACAAACGACUAGAGCCAAACCUUUCACCGGAAAAGUAUUUUACCUCGAUCUGACGUCUAAUAAAGUGGCAGAGACGCUAGAAGAUAACAUCAAAUUAUUAGGAGGGACAGUGGAAAAGUUCUUCAGUAAAGAAAUAAAGUACCUCGUCACCAAUAAAAGAGAAGCCAAAUAUGUGCACUGCCUCCGGCAGGACUCUCCGGUGCCAAGUCCAGAAUCUGGGCCGAGUUCCCCUCAACUCUGCUCCAACCCACACCAGCCGCAGAGCCUUGGAGACGGCUCCAAAAGCUCUGCCCAGCUCCAAAAGCAAAUGGCUGCUAUAAGUCGAGGAAAAACGUUAGUGAAAAAAGUGGUUAAAGAGCAGGAGAGGAUUCAAAUGAACAAGAUUCUCUCAAAUGCUUUGGAGUGGGGCGUUAAAAUUCUGUAUUUAGACGAUGUGAUUUCUUAUGUCCAUAAAAAGAAAAAGGGCAUUUCCUGUCAACAACCUGCUCCAUCUGUUGUCAAAACGAAUAUGAAAAAUGAAUCAACAAAAUGUGGUUUUCAAAAAUCCAAAGCAGGACGUAUUGGUAAACCCUUUAUCAAAGUUGAAGAUUCAAGCAGACACUAUCGACCAUUUUACCUCAGGCUGACAAAUGCCCCAGAGUUCAACCUGACGUCACUGCCUCCCUGCACGCCGUUUUGUUUAGAAGACAAAGAAGUGGUAGCUAACGGAACCCAUUGUCAAAGAGUAGCGAAAGCUUCAGCCUCUGAUGAGAGACCAAAUGAACGAAAAAAGAAGAAACAAGGAGGAUUUUGCGAAUGCUGUUUGGUGAAAUACGAGAACAUCACAACACACCUACAGAGUGAUCGCCACAAGACUUUCGCCAAAAGUGACAAGUAUCUUGUUGUGGACAAACUGGUUUCAGCAAUGCCAUGCAACUUCAACCGAUCUAAAAUUAAACGACCAAAGUGCAGUGUGUCGUCAGUCCUCAUUGCUCCAGGACCAUGUGUGGAGACCAACUCUCCCUGUGCUGCGCUCCAGACGCGUUCAGACGGCUCCAGGACCCCAUCCAUGGCCCCGAACCGGAGGGACUGCUGCUUUCUCCCCUUCACAAGACACCAGCGCAUGGAGAAGAUGCUGCGUCCGCGAUGGUGGAUUUCCCUUUUGUGCGUGUAUGGGAUGAUGCGCGUCGGACUCCAAAGCGCCUCUGAACCCCCAAACGGAGACGCCUUGUCGCGCCUGAAAUCGCUGCGUAAUUCGGACAGGUUCCACGAGAGGGAAGACACCGUGCCUGUCCGCCUUCUCUACAGCCGACACAACCACACUCAGAUCGGGCAAGAAGCGCUCAGCACGCGCGUGAGAGACGGAUCCAGCUCCACGCAGGUCAAUCACGUGGCUACAGCAACUUUUCAAUUGGACGCUUUUGGACGAAGGUUUAUUUUGGAUGUGGAGCUGAAUCAUGACCUUCUGUCGUCAGACUACGUGGAGAGGCAUUUAUCUGAGACGGGAACUGCAGUUGUUACAAAUGGAGGAGAGCACUGCUACUAUCAGGGGAAGGUCAGGGGAAUCUCCCAGUCCUUUGUGGCUCUAUCCACCUGCCAUGGGUUACAUGGGCUGUUUUUUGACGGGAAUCACACUUACAAGAUUGAACCAAGAGAUCAAGACGGCAAAGAUACCUGA